AUGGGCGUGCUCCAGCUCCACAACCCAGCUCAUCCCGACACGUUGCUACAGCGGGCCAACCAGAUGCGUUUGGCAGGUACCUUGUGCGACGUUAUCAUCACGGUGGAUGGCCAUGAGUUCCCAGCACACCGCACCGUCCUUGCGUGCACCAGCAAGAUGUUCGAGAUCCUUUUCCACCGCAGCAGCCUCCGUUACGCCCUGGACUUUCUGUCACCCAAAACCUUCCAGCAGAUUCUGGAGUACGCAUACACCGCCUCACUGCAGGCCACAGCCGAAGACUUGGAUGACCUGCUAUACGCGGCGGAGAUCCUGGAGAUCGAGUUUUUGGAGGAGCAGUGUCUGAAGGUGCUGGAGACCAUCCAGGCCGAGGAGAGCGAGGACACGCUGGUGCGGAAGCACGUUGGCGGAGACCACACCAACCUCGGUCGGGCCAGACAUUGGCGGCACCUGAUGUCCAAGAAGAAUUCCAUCCAGGCCGGACCCCCACGCACUACUCCUACUGCUCUGCAUCACCUCGCGUUGUAUCAUAUGACAGACAGGAGUCCGUCUGGGACAGACCUAAAUGUACCUCCUGAACUGAGUCCCAAGCUGGACAUGAACAUGGAAAUUUCCCAGCAGCUGGAGCAGGGUAGUGCAGAGGCGCCCACCUUGGAACCUGUUGACGGUAUCAAGUUGGAAAGCAUGCAGGUGGAUGAAGCGGACUGUUGUGAGGGGCGCUCGUCCGGAAGCUGCGCUUCAGAUCCGAGCCGGGACGAGGGCCCAGGGACGCCUUUGAGAAGCAGCGUAAUAACAAGCACCCGGGAGCUGCACACCAGCCCCGAUGAAAGCGUGGUGGGGAGCUCUCUGGACUGUUUCCCCGGCAUACCCGAGAAGCACCUAGCAUCCAUUUAUUCAGUUGCCCCCAAACACGCGGGGGAGGCAAUGACCCACGUGUCUUUGGCCCCAACCCUGGGGGUUCCGCUGGACCCACGAGCCUACAGCGGCCUCUUGCACCAGGGCCUUCUGCACCGGGAGCUCCUUAGCAGACUUGGUCAGUUUGCAGUGGGCAUAAGGCACGAGGGGUCCAUUCAGGGGCCGCAGUGUUGUGGCGAGUGCGGUCUGCAGCUCCACAGUCGGCAGGCCAUGGAGCAGCACAGGAGGCUGCAUGAUGAUGAGAAGGGCCACGGCUGUGAAUUCUGUGGCAAACACUUUCAGGACAGCAUGCGGCUGCGGAUGCACAUGUUGUCUCACACAGCUCCUGCCGAGGCUCUGGUGUGUGAUCAGUGCGGAGCCACAUUCUCCUCUGAGGAAGCGCUGGAUGCCCACCGACUAACACACACAGGGACUGACAUGGCAGUGUUCUGUCUGCUGUGUGCAAAGCGCUUCCAGACCCAGAAGGCCCUGCAGCAGCACAUGGAGGUCCACGCAGGCAUGCACAGCUACAUCUGCAGCCACUGUGAGCGCCCAUUCCCCAGCCACACCACCCUCAAAAGACACUUACGCUCACACACAGGCGAUCACCCAUUCGAGUGCGAGUUCUGUGGGAGCUGCUUCCGAGACGAUGGCACCCUGAGGGGUCACAAACGCAUCCACACGGGAGAGAAGCCCUACGAGUGCAACAGCUGCGGGAAACGCUUUAGCCUCAAACACCAGCUCGAGACGCACUACCGUGUACAUACAGGUGAAAAACCAUUUGAGUGUAAGCUGUGUCACCAACGGUCUAGAGACUACUCGGCUAUGAUCAAGCACCUGCGUACGCACAAUGGCGCGUCUCCGUACCAGUGCACCAUCUGCCAGGACUUUUGCCCAAGCCUGGCCGCCAUGCAGAAGCACAUGAAAGGUCACAAACCGGAGGAGGUGCCGGCCGACUGGAGGAUAGAAAAAACUUAUCUGUACGUCUGUUAUGUCUGA